AUGGAAAAGGAAGGGGGGCUGAUCAAAGCGGGGGUUGUUAAUCAGCCACUACCUUCGAAGGAGGAAAUGGAGGAAGCUUCAAGAAAGAGUGCCCUGGCCGUUUCGGAUUCUAAGGAAACUGUUCAAACAGAAUCCUAUGAGGGACCCAUCAGGGUUACUUUGGAGGAAGCGGUGGUGGAGAAGCAGCAUGAAAUGGCUGAGGAGAAGAAGAAGAAGAAGAAGACUAAGGAGAAGAGGGCUGAAGGAGUUGAGGAAGCCUAUCCAAUCAAUAAGAAGGAAAGAAAAACGAGUGGAAAGAAGGAACGCAGGCCGGAGGAGACGCGCCUAAAAAAGAAAGAAGAGAAGAGAAAGAGGGCUGAGAGCCCAGAAAUCGACGGAGAAUCCACCUCCGCAAUGGUGGAUAAGGGGGAAUUAGCGCAACAAAAAGAAUCAGCACAACCUGAAGAGGAAACAACGCAAAUAAGAAUGGUUGCGACUGAUGAUGAAGAAGAUUUAGACAUCACCCCCCUUAGGCGGCGUCGCAAGGAGAAUGCACGGCAAGGGUCAACAAUCGACCCAACAAUUUUGCAAAGUGCAUUAGAAGAGAAGGAGAGGAGAAGAAUAAAGGAAGAAGAAAAACAAGAGAAUAUGUUACGGGCACAACAAAUCAUCGCAGAAGGAAGUCGAAGAAGAAAAUUACAAGAUGAGGAGAUGUGCCGCAACAACGCAAUAUCGGCAGAAGAGGAAAGAAAAGGCUCGAGGAAGAACAAUGCAUUUUGCUGGCCUCAGAGUAAUUUGAAAGAGAAUUCGAAAAAGAAAUGA